UCGGCCGGUGCUGAGCAACGUUGAGGAUCUUCACUGAGGAGGACCUGAGUCUGAAGGGAAGGGACUAUGGCUGCCAACAUGGGGUCGAUGCGUAUCCUCAUCAAGGGAGGGAAGGUGGUCAACGAUGACUUCACCCAUGAAGCAGAUGUCUACAUUGAGAACGGCAUCAUUCAGCAGGUUGGAAAGGAACUGAUGAUACCAGGCGGGGCUAAGGUGAUUGACGCCUCUGGAAAGCUUGUGUUGCCGGGCGGAAUAGACACCAGUGUACAUCUGCAGCAAACUUUCAUGAACGCCAACAUUCAGGAUGACUUCUACAGUGGGACAAAGGCGGCCCUGAUGGGUGGUACCACCAUGGUGAUGGCUCUGGUCCUGCCUGAACAGCACUGCUCCCUGCUGGACGCCUUCGAGAAUUGCCGAGCUCUUGCCGACGCCAAGGCGUGCUGCGACUACGCUCUGCAUGUCGGGGUGACUUGGUGGGGGCCGAAGGUCCGUAGCGAGAUGGAGACCCUGGUGAGGGAGCAUGGUGUGAACUCUUUCCAGAUGUUCAUGGCCUACAAAGAUAUGAUGAUGCUGAGGGACUCGGAGCUCUACCAGACGCUGCAGACCUGCAAAGACAUCGGGGCCAUCGCUCGUGUCCAUGCUGAGAACGGAGAACUGGUGGCAGAGGGUGCCAAAGAGGCUCUGGAUUUAGGCAUCAGUGGACCGGAGGGUAUUGAGAUCAGUCGACCAGAGGAGCUGGAGUCUGAGGCUACUCACAGAGCUGUCACCAUCGCCAACAGGGCUCACUGCCCGAUCUACCUGGUGAAUGUGUCCAGUAUGUCUGCUGGAGACAUGAUUGCUGCUGCUAAGAUGCAAGGUAAAGUGGUCCACGCAGAGACCACUGUAGCUCACGCUGUGCUAAGCGGGAUGCAGUAUUACCAUCAGGACUGGAUUCAUGCUGCCGCCCACGUCAUCGUCCCUCCUCUCCGCCUGGACCCCAACACGCCCAGCUACCUCAUGGGCCUGCUGGGCAAUGACUCUCUGAGUGUCGUGGCAUCAGAGCACCGUCCAUUUAGCAUCAAGCAGAGAGCUUUGGGAAAGGAAGACUUCACAAAGAUCCCUCAUGGAGUGGCCGGAGUCCAGGACAGGAUGAGUGUCAUUUGGGAGAGGGGAGUGGUUACAGGAAAAAUGGAUGAGAAUCGUUUUGUGGCAGUGACGAGCUCUAACGCUGCUAAGAUCUACAACCUGUACCCACGCAAGGGUCGUAUCAUCCCCGGGGCUGACGCUGAUUUGGUGGUCUGGGACCCGGAUGCAACAAGGACCAUCUCUGUGAGCACUCAGGUGCAGGGUGGAGACUUCAACCUGUACGAGGGGAUGCGCUGCCAUGGCGUUCCCCUGGUUACCAUCAGUCGCGGACGUUUGGUGUGUGAGAACGAUGUGUUCAUGUGUGCCGAGGGAUCCGGAAAGUACUACCCUCAGCGCACCUUCCCUGACUACCUCUACAAGAAGAUGGUGCAGAGAGAAAAGGCUCAGGCCUACAAAGGGGUUGACAGGGAUGCCUACACUGGUGAAGUGGCCAUGUUGGCAAACACCAUGAAGAAGGAGCUUGGUUUGGGCCCGAUAGACGGCGAGGCGGCCAACAAAGGCUGUCCUCGCGCGCACCAGGGAGUCCGAGACCUCCAUGAGUCCUCCUUUAGCCUCUCAGGGUCUCAGGUCGAUGACCACAUCCCGAAGAGGUCCUCGGCCCGGAUCCUGGCCCCUCCCGGCGGUCGCUCCAGUGGUAUCUGCUGAAAGAAUAAAUGUGCCAAUACGAGUCACCUGUGCGACACCCCCCCACCCCAUGCAUGAAGAGCACCGCGGAGACAGAAGAGUGAAAUCUCUUCACAGGCUCACAACAACUGGUGCUGUUUUUUAACUAUUACCUACAACAACGUUAUUUUAUUGUUGGAUGGUUUUGUUGCUUCGAAGGCACUGUGACUGGUUGGUGGCUGUGUGUGUUUGUAGAUUCUUGUUGUGUUGGACAGUGAACCUGUUGAAUCUGUAAGUGGCUGCUUGUUUCUUACCACACGAAUAACAAAAAAGAA